AUGGAAAUGUUUCAAUUUCCUUCAAAGAACAAAGAUAAAAAAUUUAUUAAUACAUUUUUAAGACAAUGCCUUGAAAGAACGGAAUUAGAGCAGGAAAAGAUCCUUAAUGAGCUUUCAAAGUGUUUAUGCGAUUCUCCUAAUGAUUACCUACCAUUAUUAGAAACUCUAGUUUCUUGUCUUCAUUCACGAAAUCCUCAGCAUCUUAAUUUUGUAUCAUUAUUAAUACUUAUAGUCAUUGUGCCGAAUUUACAAUAUCAUUCAGAUAUUCUUAGCUUUGGAGUGCUUCUCUCCAGAUGCAUUGAACUCUUAUGGAAUACUCAAGACAUCCCUCUCGUUAUCUCGACAACAAAACGCUUAUUCAGUGCAAUUGUAGAUAUAAAUGGCGUCUUAGGUGUUUUGAUAUCUGAGUUACCUGGUAACCGCUGUCUUAAACGAAUUUUAUUUAGUCAUAAGAUAAUAAACCGAAUCGAAAGAGAUGAGUUACUUAAAGCGGUGGAAACGAUUGAAGUCCUCAUAGACAAAUGUUCUGAACACGAUUGUUCAUCUUUGAUAGAAAUAUUAAAAGACCGCAAAAGUACAGAACAGCAGAAGAAAGAUUCAUUUAGAGAUUUAAUAGAAUCCCUACAAUGUCUCAAGUGCCAUAAGAAUGCACUUAUAAACUUUUGCCCUGAUAAAUAUUCUUUACCUCCUGAGGAAGAAAUGAAUAUUAAAGCACCUAACCGUCUUUUUAAACUUCCAUUCGAAUUUGAUGAUAAUGAUAGAUUAGGACCAUGGGACGUGCUUCUUAGUGAAAAUGCCAUAAAAGAUAUUCAGAAAUUAGAAUCUAAUAUGGUUAAUGCAGUUAUGAAUAAACUCGGUCAGAUAUCAUCCGGAAAGUGGAAUAAAUAUGGAUUUCAUUGCAUAAAUGAUCAUAAUAUUCCUGUAUAUAUAGUUGAGGUCCGCAAUAAUGUAAUGAGUCUGAAAAUUCUUUGGCAGGUUGAUUAUGGAUUUUCCAUCCGUAUAUACAAAUUUACACAACUUGUAAAGAGCACAGUGACAAAUGUAUACACAGACAAAUUAGUCAAGACGGGUAGUAAUUUGCCUAUGAGUUUUGAAGGCAAGGAGACAACAAAGUCUUCUGAGUAUGGACUGCGUGACCCACAGCUGGAUGAUGAAAAACUAAUAGAAAUUCACAAGAUGCUAGUUACAAAUAAGUUUACACCUAUAUCAAAGAAAUUUUUUCGGUCACUUGCUAAUGGUGGUUCUGAUUUCACAUUUCAAGUAUCCAAGAUCGAGUAUGAGUUCAUAAACCAUCCUACUUCGGCAAUUGUCAUUGGCCGAUCUGGGACCGGAAAGACAACAAGCAUCGUGUUUAGGUUGGUUGCCUCAUAUAUGGCAAAUAAGAAGAGACAAAUAUUUAUUACUGUGAGUGAUAAUUUGUGCCGUUUGCUGAUUAAGCAACAAAAAUUCGAUACUGACAGUGAAGAAGAGUUCUGUUAUUCAUCCAAUUCUUCUAACACGUUCGACCCACACUUAGUGGAUUAUCGAGUCUUUACAAUGAAGUAUUGGCCUCAUUUAGGUGAUCUUUAUAAACAGAAGUUGGAUUGCGAGUUGGGAACGGAUCCCGAAAUCGACUAUUUAUCAAGGGAGGAAUAUAGGAAUAUUAGCAUCAAGAGAUAUCCAACAUUUUGUCACAAUCGUGACAAGGUUUACGAUUUAUUUUUGCGAUAUAAUGAAAUGAAAUCACGAAAUGGUGACUAUGACUCAACAGAUAGAACAUUAUAUAUCUUGCAAAUUAAUGAAGUAUACAUAGACGAGUGCCAGGACAAUCAGAUUGUGGAUAUUGCACUUAUCCUAAAACUUUUCGAUAAUGCGAAUGGCAUAUUUUUAGCUGGAGAUGUAGCACAGUGCAUUGCACGUGGAUCUUCUUUCAGGUUUCAAAGCGUACGUUCUUUGAUGUAUACAUGUGAACUUGAUCGGUUUGAGCGAUCUCUGACUAAUUAUAAUCGACGUGACACUAUAAAUCUGAAACAGUUCGAACUAAAUAUUAAUUAUCGCUCUCACAAUCAAAUCCUUCAGCUCACUUCGUCAGUAAUUGAUCUUAUCUGGUAUUUUUUUCCUGAUUCAAUCGAUAAACUAUCAUACGAACGUAGUGAGGUUGGAGGUCCGAAACCUGUAGUCUUUAGUGAAGUUCAGGCUAAAGACCUAUUUGAUACCUUUUAUGUAGAUAAGCAGGGAGAGCAUGUAGCAAAUCAUAUAGAAUUUGGAGCUAGGCAAAUUAUUAUUGUACGAGAAGCUGGAAUAGUGGAAACAGUGUUUAAUUGUAAAGGAAUAGAGUUCGACGAUGUUUUGAUAUAUAAUUUCUUUACAAAUUCACCUGCAUGUGAAAAGUGGAGAGUAAUUCAUUCCGCUUUAGAUAAAGAUAAAAUAGGAAUUCCUAUUUUCUCUUAUGAGAAGCAUUGUAUCCUGUGCUCUGAACACAAACAACUUUAUGUCGCAGUUACUAGAGGCCGAAGGAGUGUUUGGAUAUUUGAUGAAAAUACUAAAUAUAGUGAUUCUAUGUGCGCGUAUUGGGAGCAAAAAGAGCUUAUAAGAAUAAGUAAGGAUGCGAAAGAAAUUACCUUAUUUGCUAAAGAAAGCAGCCCUCAAGAGUGGGACGAAGAGGGAAAGGAAUUUUUAGACAAAAAGAAUUUUAAGCAAGCCUCUUUCUGCUUUAAAAAAAGUGAAAAUAAGAAGCUUCGUGAUUUAUCUGAUGCAUAUCAUCUCCAACAAAUUGCUAGAGAUUCUGUGAACUUUUCUGAUAAUGCAACAAAAAAAAAGAAUUAUACUCGCGCAGCUCAAGCCUUCAAAACAUGCUCAGAGACGUUUUUAGAAGCUUCAUGUUAUGAGGAAGGUGAAAUAUAUGAAGAAGCUAUUGAUAUUUAUAUCAAAUUAGAAAAUAUGAUUAUGCUGCACGUUGCUAUCACAAGAACAAUAAUUUGGAGAAAGCGGAAAAACGAAGAGAUGUGCAAAAGAAUCCUUUUGAUUUUUGAAACACAAAAUAAACGAGAUAAACUUAUAAUAGAAUAUGCACGAGAGGAAGAGAUUAAAGAAGCUAAAGAACUUCGAUCGCGUGGAAAAUUCGAAGAAGCUGCCAAUAUGUUUAUAAAUACUAUCAAAAGUUAUGAUAAUGUUACCGAAUCAUUACAGUGUCUUUUAUAUCUAUGUAGAAUAUGUGCACUCAAUGUGAUAAAUGAUAGCGUAAAUUAUAAUGCUUUUGAGGAGUUAAAUAGAUUUCAUAAAAAAGCAGUUAAUAUUAUUAAUAAAGCAAAAUCACAUCAAGACACAUCAGAAAAGCCUCAACAAUGGGAUAGCUUGAUAGAAGAACUCCAGUUAUACGAAGCUUAUUUAAAUAAUAACGUUAAUCAAGUAUACGAGUAUAUUAUACGUUUUAGGAAUCGUGGAGAUGCCAUCACAGAGUUUCGCGCAAUAACUAUUUGGUUAAAAAUUUCACAGCAAGAAAUUUAUGAAAAAUACCAAUAUAGGUUAGAAUGCCUGCUUAGAUUAUAUGAAAUAUCGAUUCUUUUCAUGGUCCUCUAUGAUAGAGUAGGAAAAAAUCUUAAAGAUUUCGAAAACAUUUUUGCUGUGAACGCUGGGAAUGCAGAUAAUAAUUUGGAUAAAUAUCUCGCAUUCUAG